AUUCCAGAUUUAUAUUUUUUUAUGAAUUUUAGCUUUUGAUAGUAGUGAUAUUUGCCUAUAUUUAUAACUAUGGAUGCUGAGCAAGCCGAAGAGAGGGAAGUUCUGCAAUCUAUUUAUGAAGGAGACUUUAAUUUUACACAGGUGGAGGAUAGACUUUUUCAAUAUAAAUAUGAAGAAGCUGGUGAAGGCAAAAAUUUUGUCCUUGAAGUAAGAUGGGGAGAAAAAUAUCCUGAAGAAGCUCCUUUCAUAAAUAUGGAUGUUUUUUACAACAAGCAUAUAUGUCCGUCGGUGAAAGAGCGCAUCGUCAAGGCAGUGAGAGAGCAAGCUGAAUCCAUGCUGGGCAUGAGCAUGACCUUCUCAUUGUUUGAGUGGCUUAAAGACAACCAUGCAGCAUUGCUUGAAGGACAGGAUCUCUAUUUUCAAGAUUUAAAAAGUGGUAUAGCUGCUAAGGAUGCUACUGCUGACUUGGAUAAAUUGGCACUAGAUUCAAACCCAGAAAAAAAUUCAAAGAAGAAAGACUCUGGUAUGACUAAGAAUCAGAAGCGCCGAAUGUGGGACCGUCAGAACGCUGCUGGGGAGCGAGACAGAGGCUGGAACUGGAUAGACGUUGUCAAGCAUUUAUCUCAGUCGGGUAGCGCCGGCACCUCGUGAUCCGGCUAUACCUAUGAAAUAUACUUCUGCAAUAAAUUGACCCUGUUAAUUUUCAA